UUUGAUCUUCAAAGCCCUUUACCGACACGGAUGGAUUAAUGAUUCGGGUUUUGGUUGUGUGUUGAAAAGCCCAGUCUUCAAAGCCGUCAUCCCUUCUCCUUGGAGCGGGGGCUCUCCACCUUUCACAUGUUGCUUUCCUGCACCCCCACCGCGAGAAAAAUAGAUUAUACCUUUUAUUCGACCAAGAAGAAGACGAUGGAAAAAUACUCUGUGCGAAGGAAAGUCUGUGUCCUUACACCCUGGGUGGGAUUAGGAGGAGUCGGGAAGCAGCGUUUGAGCUGUGUUUACAGUAAGCACUGCGAGAAAUGACUGCCUGGCUGAGUCUGUCACCGUGCUGUCUUUUGAUGUCCUUUUCAAAAGUAGCAAUAAGUACGCAAAGCGCCCUGCGUUAAACCCAAGCUGGGACAGAAUGCGACGACCCUUGUACUUGUGGCUAAAGUGCAUCUAUAUUUCCUCCUCUCUCUCUCUCUCUCUCUCUCUCUCCUCUCAAUUGUCAGUAGGGUUUGAAAAGGUUUGGUUUCGCGCUCUUCCUGGACUCGACACAUCUUUCGACCGCAAGAGAGCAGCCUGCGCUUUGAUGCGCUCUUCCCUGCUCCGCCCAGGAAUGAAAGCGCGAGUGGAAGUUUGCAAACACAUCCUCAGCCCUGGAACCGCAGUCGGCACUCACGUCCUGAUCUCCCGGGAGACGUGCGGCUCGGCCACCUGUGGGUUCCUGGGAGGAGCUCUUCUCCACUCCUGAAGCUCGCCGGCGCUCUGCUCCAGGGCCCAGGGCGGUGGAUUGCGGGCGCGGAGCAGCUGUGGUGGCUUUGGGAAGAUGACUCUGGGUUUAGUUUGCGCUCGCAUAUCCAGGUAAGGAACCCAGAGAGAGACCCCUUUCUUUUGAAAUAAGAAGAUCAGAGGGAAGCCGGGGUUGGAAGUGUGGAUUAGGGAGAUCCUCCAUCCCUACCUCCCACCUCCGCUCUGAAUCUUUAAAAAAAAAAAAAAUCAAGGAGUGCCUUGAACUUGGGGAAUCAUGCGAAGCGCCCUCGAAGCCUGCCCGGGAACCUAGCUUCCUCGCCACAGACAGACGGUCUGGAUGGACCAGCGUCUCCGAUUUGAGCCUCGCUGUCCUCUCUGGAGAGAUUACGCGCUUGCGGGUGAUCUGUGUGCGUGUCGGGGAAUGAUGGAGACCCGUACACCGGCCGCACUGCUGACCCUGCCGUACCCCCUGCGCGCUGUGCCACUGGGCACGCCAGGGACCCUGCCCCGCCUGCCUCUAAGAGACCACUUGGGAGUCUCCUGGCGCCUGGACGCCGCGUGCUGGGAGCGGGCGCAUGGGGACUGCGCGCCCAGGCGGCCGUCGCCGCCCCCACCGCUGGACUGCGCCUUGGAGCCCGCCUUCCUGCGGAAACGCAACGAGCGCGAGCGGCUGCGGGUGCGCUGCGUGAACGAGGGCUACGCGCGCCUGCGGGACCACCUGCCCCGCGAGCUGGCCGACAGGCGCCUCAGCAAGGUGGAGACGCUGCGCGCCGCCAUCGGCUACAUCAAGCACCUGCAGGAGCAGCUGGCGCGCCACGCCCCGGGCCAGGAGGCUGCGGCGGCAGCCGCCCCGCAGCGCAGGGCCGAGUGCAACAGCGACGGCGAGUCCAAGGCCUCGUCGGCGCCGUCGCCCAGCAGCGAGCCCGAGGAGGCGGGCAGCUAGCCGGCCCCGGCGCCCCGGCGCGGACCCAGCGUGCGGUCUCCUUGUAAGGCUCGCUCCCACGGUGUGCGCCUUUCGAAUCUGGUAGCUGCACCAGGCCUACAUCUUAAGGAAAAGCCACGCGUGCUUCGGGGCGGGGAGGGGAGGGAGGGUAUUUUGACAUUUUGGGGACUUUCCCCCAGUGGGUUAGUACUUGGCAAUUUCAAGGUGCUUAUUAAGGAAAUUCUUUUCCUGUUCUUCUGAAAUGCAAACUGUCCCAGAUCUUGAACACCUCAUUCUGAACACGAUUGUGCAAAACAACUGGAAUGUUUCAGUUUUGUGGAUAAAUUAUUUACAGAGAUAUUAAACCUUAACCAGAAAAAGACCUAGCCACCAAGAAAAUAAAAAUUGCUUAGGAUGAGAGGAACACUCUGCAUGGCUUCCUUUGGGAGUUGUGGACUUUUCCUUGCCUUGCUUUGGGGAACGGGGACGCUUGGCUGGCACGUGAGAGCAUGUGGCCAGCGCGUGCCCCUGGACUCCAGCUCAUGCCUUGGGCCACAUGAACAUGUGAAUGGCCAAGAAGACCUCUGCACGAGAUAGAUGCCUUUGUACCAACAAGCGCCCACUGGAAACUCUAUAUAGCAUUUGGUGGCUAAUAAAAUAUCUGGGUUGUUAAUGAUCUCUUUGGGGGAGGACUCAGAAUUGUAUGAACACUUCAAAAAUUUUCCUUUUCUUCGCAUUCUCCUUUGAAGUUCUCACUCCGUGCAACCUUUUCUUAAAGUGACACGGUGACUUUACUAAAUCUAGCUGAUUUAGUAAAACUGAUGAUUGAACCAGCUGUUGGAAGGGAUGUGGGACAUGGAGGAUGGAUUGGGAUUGGUACAUUCUCAAACUUUUUUUUUUUUUUAUCAUCAUGAGGGUAUUAUUGAAAUUAUCUAGCCAACUGUGGCUAUUGCCAGUUUUGUUGUUUUUGUUAAUUUAUGUAUUCAUUUUCAUCUACUUGAAAGGCAGAGUGAGAGAGAUCUUUUAUCUGCUGGGUUACUCCACAAAUGGCUGCAGCAGCCAGGGCUGGGCCCGGCCAAAGCCAGGAGUCCAGAACUCCAUCUGGCUCUCCCACACGAGUGACAGGGGCCAAGCACUUGAGCCGUCAUCGGCUGCCUCCCAGGCGCAUUAGCAAGGAGCUGGAUGGGGACUGGAGCAGCUGGGUCUCAAACCAGCUCCCAUAUGGGAUGCGGGUAUUCAAAGCAGUGCACCACAAGGUCUGCCCCUGUUACCAGUCUUAAAAAACCCUUUGGUGCUUUCUCCCUCUGAGAAGCAAUUAAGAAUUCUGUAGCUAAGUGAAAUGCCUUGUUGAUACGUGAAGAUGAACCUCCUCUUGCUCUUUGUUUUCAGCUUUGGUGAGAGGAGUGGGGGUUGGGGAGAGGACUGGAAAUAGACGAGGAGAACUAACUUUUUACAGGUGCACCCACUGGGGAAGCUAUUGUUCAGUGAACAUGCCAGGAACUUUGUUGUGUGCCUUUUACAUUUUGUCCUACUUAAUCCUCAUAAAUUUGCAGAGUGACUAUUACACAUUUUAUGGUAAGAACAGAGAGACUAAUAAACAAAGCUCAAAGAGGUUACAUGCCUGGAACUAGGACCCGCCUUCCAUGCAUCGGACCCCCAAGCCCCAGAUCUCUCUCUCCCUCUCUCUCCGUGCUCCUCUUGAUCUGUGUCAUUCGCGGCCUGGGGAACUGAGCAAGCACAACUUAACCUCCCUGCCACUCAGUUUCCUUCCCAGCGUGUGGUGUUCUGCCUAAGUGUAGAAGGACCUUGGUCAUCUGCUGCAUGGGCAGUGUUCUCAUUAUUCGGGAAGAGGGCUGUUUCUUGGUUCUGUGGUGUGGUAAUGACCUCUAAGUGGAGUUGGUGUGGUGUCUUCAGUGUUUCAGAAGAGGGGCAGAGUAGUCACACUCUUAGGAUUUUGCCUUCUAUGGUAGGGUUCCAGGGGACGUGACUCAACCAGUGGAAUGCCGAAUCCAUGUUAAACAUGUAAUUACUAAUAUUUAUAAUGAUGACUUAUAAUGGGAUUCCAUUGUUUCAGGCUGCACAGGUAAAUGCUGGGCAAUGAUUCAUGACCAGGCUUUCCUUUUUUUCUUAAGAACGAGGGCUUUUUGGGUUGAACUAGCAAGAUGGAACAGCUCUUUCUGUGUCUGGUCCAUUAGCCAAUUAAAUCUUCACGCAGUUCUGCAAUGCAUCCAGGUUGGUCUUCAGGAAGAUUGAUUUCCCAGUGGGGGGUGCGGCGAUGCCCGCCUAAGUGAGGUCUGUUUACCAAUUAGGGGGCAAAGUGAGAAAACCCCAGUUACCUUCCUGGCUGAGCUAGGGAGCAUCUCAUCAACCAAGUUGCUGGGAACCUUCUUGUGGUUUUAUGUGAAGCCCUUCUGCGAAUAAGGCAAUGAUUUGGAAAAAGAAAAUAAAAUCCCAUCUGAAUCAUUUAAUCUUUCUAGAGA